AUGAUUGAACGGAGCCAAGUACACAACUCUCGGCUGGUUUGCGAAGGAAACACGAAGAGGCCCCCUUCCUCAUACCAACAGACACCGCGCAGAACACGAAACCUACAUACUAAGAAUCAAUUCGUUACCUCAGGCAUAAGGUAUGUUCCCGUCGUCUUGAGUGUGGUCGACGCCCAACCUUCGUCUGCAUACCCAGACUCGAUUCGAUUCCUCUUCCCCUCGCAAUUCCGACGCCAGAGAUUCGCAAAGCUUGGGGUCAUCGUGUCGAAGAUUUCGCCUUCAUCACUGGCUGAAGGCCUGGAACGGCUGGACUUGAGCCAAGUUUCUUCCUCCACGCCGUCCAGAUCAACCUUCAGCUCCUUCGCCAUGUCGUCCUCCGACGGAUCCCCUGAUACCUGGAUUGCAGCAUACUGCUCACUGAUGGGCCACGAGUUUUUUGCAGAAGUUUCGGAAGAUUUCAUUGAGGAUGAUUUUAAUUUGACUGGUUUGCAGUCCCAGGUGCCCUGGUACAAAGAGGCGCUGGAAUUGAUAUUAGACGUGGAGCCUGAGGAUGAGGAGGAUGACGAGGAGGAUGAGGACGACGAUGAGGAUGAAGACGCCGUUUUAGGAGAUGAUAGGCCCCCAGGUUAUCGGAAGGCGGGCGACCGAAGACAUUCGCGUGUUGCUAGUGAUCUGAGUGUUAUUGAGAGCUCUGCUGAGCUGCUCUAUGGAUUGAUCCACCAGCGAUAUAUUACCUCGAGGCCUGGUAUCCAACAGAUGCUAGAAAAGUAUGAGCUGCAACAUUUUGGUGUAUGUCCUCGUGUUUACUGCAAUGGGUGCAAGGUCCUCCCCGUCGGUGUUACCGACACGCCGGGAGUCGACACCGUAAAGCUCUUUUGUCCAAGUUGCCAGGAUAUAUACACUCCGCCAAACAGCAGAUUCCAGCACGUUGACGGAGCAUUUUUCGGCACAACUUUCGGCUGUCUCUUUUUCAUGACAUUCCCCGAACUCGAUGUCGCCGCUCAAAACGAAAGUACCACGUCUCCCACUCCAACCAGCAAUUCGACUACAACUAUGGCCACAAACUCACGGCAUCCCUCCAUCGCAUCCCCGACGCCAACGUCGUCAAUCUCCCAACCGCCCCCAACCCAACCAACCCAGAUCAAUGGCAUCAUGACAUCGAACCUCGCACCAGGUCUCGGUCAAGGCAAAAUAUACGAACCCCGCAUUUAUGGCUUCAGAGUGUCCGAGCGUGCUAAGUCGGGACCGCGUAUGAAGUGGCUGCGGAUGAAACCAGAUAAUAUCAAUGAACUCGAUGAGACCGCUGUCUACCACCUCACUCAUCUGGAGGGAGGCGGGGAUGAUGAUGGAGAUCUAGAUAUGGAAGUCGCGGAAUCGCAGCAACAGGCUGCUAUCAACAGGCGAAAGAAGGCCCCGAUAUGGAGACGGAGACAACAUAACCCUGAUCUAACGAAUACUAACGGUAUGGGACAAGGUGGAUGA